GACCGACCCCAAAGAAACCGACUCGUGUUGCCUGCGUUGCAGCGCUUAGAUACGAAUAUCCUACUCACUUCUAGCUAUCUAGCUAGCCCCAGUGCGCUACCUUGUUUCCAUCGUCAGUCAUGACAAACGCUGAGGAAAUCACCACUGCUCAAGCGCCAUUCGAUGAUCAUAACUGUGACAUCAUUCUCCGUUCAAGCAAUGGUGUCGACUUCCAUGUCUUCAAGCUCAUUCUUUCGCUCGUGUCGCCUGUGUUCAAAAAGAUGUUUACGUUACCGCAGCCAGACGUAUCGUCCGUACCUGUCAUUCCUCUGACUGAGGGCAGCACGACCCUCGAAUCACUCCUUCUACUCUGCUAUCCUGCCACAACUCCAACGUUCAACAGCUUGGAUGAUGCAAAGGCUGUGAUGGAAGCAGCAAGAAAAUAUGAUAUGCAAGCAGCCCUCGACUGUGCAGGGGACCUCACCAUCGUUCAAUUCCUGCCAGAUCACUGUCUCGAGCUAUACGCACUUUCUUGUCGAUUCGGAUGGCAGCAUCAUGCUCAGACCGCCGCUUUCCGCGCCCUUGAGAUCAAGGAUCUAGGACGGCCCAGCAAUGGGUUUAAUGGCAUGAAAGACAUCACCGCCGACGAUUACCACAGGCUCCUGGUAUACCAUUAUAAAUGUGGGGAUGCUGUUCAAAAAGUCGGAACCUCGCUUUCCUGGCUACAGCUGUCGUCUGGAGAAGUGGGCAUUGCUAGCUUCAGGACGCGCGAAAUUGGACGGAUGGUGAUGAAGAACGUCCCGUGGUUUGAUGAAUACUUGGUUUUGAGUGGGAAGGAGUUGUCGGCAAGACCCUGCGAGUCGACGUUAUUGGAGUCGAAAUCUUAUGAUAAUGCGAUUAUCAACGCGACAAAGUGCGUCGAUUGCCGAAGCACAGUCGUCGACGAUAUGCAUAGAUUCCGUGCUUUGUAUAUUGCACAAGUUAAAAAGGUGCUUGCAGCUGAGAAAUUGGCAGUUUCUUAAUUAACUCGCUGCAACGCUGUCGUAUUGCUGCUGUGGAAUGUAGGAUACUGUACGAUUGCUGACUGGUGGCUGUUAGAACGCCC